UGUCGCUAUGGCGACUGGCCGCGGUUGGAUUCUGCAGCAGCACACCUUAGGUGCCUCAUGCCCCGCCGUUCUUUCUUCCAUCGACCUCCGGCGGCCGCCAUCGCGGCAGCCAGCUUCUUUUGUUCUUUCCAUCCGAGAAAGUUCGGACCCGUUUGGCUCUCCUGCUCGGGACAGCACGGUGUCCAAAUGCUCACCUGUUACAACAAUGCAGUCUUCUGAAAUCAAAGCAAAGCACAUUCAAAAGCAGCAUUGGAAGAAGCCCUUUAUUAAAUUGAUUUCUACAACAGGAAUUAAGAGCCUGCCCUCGGAGAUUAUACUGAAGAUAUUCUCGUAUCUGGAUGCUGUGUCUCUGCUGUGUACCGGCUGUGUGAAUAAGCAUUUUUAUCAUCUGUCCAGUGACAAUACCAUCUGGUUAAAAAUAUACUCCCAGUCGUUUCUCCGUAAAAAAAGCAAAUGGAAGACUGAAACUGUCCAGAACUCAGGUGUUUCUCUGAGCCUUUCUGAUUCACAACAUAAGGAAUCGGGAUAUUGGAAGAAAGAGUACAUCAUAAAAAAAAUAGCUUCUGGUAAAGCUGGAAUAAUUCAUCUUCUGAAGUCUGUAAAUACCUACACUGGCCUUCCAGUUGAAACAAAAAAUGCCAUUAAAGUGUCUGGAUUGAGAUGGAUGAUCAUAUUAAAGGAAAGAAGUGGAAAUGAACAUGUAAUGGAUCAGGCAGAUAUUUCUUUUAAUGAGACAUCUCUUACUGUAUGUUGGUAUGGUAUAAACUGCCUUUGUUUAGACAACUUGUUAUGUCUACGAUUAUAUGGAGUGACACCUGUCCUAGGUGAGGGUAAACUUUAUCUCAGGAAUGGGCCUUGGCGACGUUCCUUAAUUUCUGAAUAUCAGCUUGCCAAUGUGACUCAAAAUGCAGACAUUAUUGGGUGUGAUGCACUUGUUGAACUUUACCGUGUUGAGGAAGGAGUCUUACUGGGACUUUGGAAUAAAAAUGAAAUUGCUUUUGUUAUGGUAUGUCUUCAUUACCAUCAGCUUAUUGAGCGAAGCAUCCUUGGUUCUGCUACAAUGAUGCAUGUUGUAGCUCCACAUAAGGCAGUCUUAGAUGAUAUUGACCCAGAAUACGGCUUGCAUGGUUAUCAGCUACACAUUGAUAUGCACAACAAAGGAAAUACUUACAUGUGUGGAACAUUUCGCAGUUUGUUUUGUAGAAAAGAUUACAUUAAAAAUGGAUACCUGAGACUUACAGUGAUAAGUUACAAAAAUAAUUCCCAACAUUUGCCUCUUGUGGGAAAAGUUGGCCUCUCUUGGAAGACUGAUGCACUUGAAGGUAUUGUUCAGAAUUGUUUCAUUAUGGAUGUGACUGUUUUGGAUGAAUCACAAAAACCAUUUUGGUGUUUUAGUGCUCCAGUCAACAUGGAAACCACUUCCAGGGCACCUGAUCUCAAUAAAUAUUUUGGGCCCAGCUAUUACUUGAAUUAUACGGAUUCCAUUGGAAAAGUCCAUGUGGAAAUGGUUUGGAUGGAAGAAACACAAGAAUACUAUAUAACCAAUCUGGUUCUUUAUUUGAGCACUCAAAAAGUUAAUAGCUGGUUUGGUCGAAAUUAUGGUGUUUAAUUUCUUGAAUAUAAUUGCUUUCCUUGAAAGGAACUCAUUUGAAUUUUUAUUUUGUUAGUAAACCGUGUCCCUCAGUAAUGUUAAUUUAAAAGUGCACUGGUUGUUUGUGAGAAAAAAAGUUUACCUAGUUUUCGCGGGCAGCUUUUAAUUUUGAUACUGUAAAAAUAUAAAUGACUGUGUCACUUUGGAGUGCUCUGUGUGUUACUACAGAA